GACUGAUGCCCAAUGGUGGCCAUUGCGUCCACCAUGCACUCCGAAGCGUGGCUAGCGCUGCACCUGCCGCAGUUGACGCACUACAAUGCCCCACAACACCUUCACCAACAAAUUUACGAUUGCGUGCAUGAAAGCGAGGGCGAUUGGAUCGAUCUGAACGCCGUGGCGACUACUCAAUUAGCUUCAGAGACCAUGAAAGGCAGGGCCAGUCGUCGAAAACUGCGCGUAAAGGCCACGAUACCACUCCCAGCAGCGGAAAAAGUGCUGCGAGUGGCUCACGAGUGGGAUUUUCAGUCAAUAUUGGAUGCACAGACACAGUUAAGACAGGAUGAAAAGCUGCGUAGCAAGAUGAAAAACUUGAUUGUGGAGGUAAUCAAGGAAGAUACAGAGGAGAUUGAGCUUGAAGAGGAGAGCGAAGUGGAGAAAGAAGUGGAGAAAGAAGUGGAGAGUAUCGUAAGGCAUCUACAUUUACUGGCGUUCUCCAUUCGCUUUGGAGCGGAAUCAGAUGAAAUGUCGUAUUACGUGCUCAAUACACUCGGCUCUAGGUAGGUCAAUGUAUUAUUUAUUUGUCUC